GCAAAUUAAUUGGUAUUACGGUAUGUGUCUUUAGUAUUCAUACCUCUGCAAUUAUCCGCUUUUGGGACAAACUGCGGACUCCUAUAUUCUAAAUGGAAAUAAUAGGAUAAAAUCCUGAUUAUUUCAUCGUUUUUACGAUUCUAAUAUAAAACAAUGCAAAAUCAUUGAAUUUAAGAAGUAUUAGUGCGAUAGAAUCAUGCGCAAUGUCUGAUCCUGUGGAUUACUUUGAUCACGUCAACUUUAACACUAGGCAUUACCCUAAGUAUUCUCAUGUUAUAGAAACAUUCCCUGGAAAGGAUCAACCUGAUACUAUCGUUAGGAUAUGCAGAUGCUGGCAGUCUAGAAGGUUCCCUUACUGUGAUGAUACACACAAGCUUCUUGCUGAAAUGGGUGAUGAUGUCGGCCCAUUUGUGGCAUUAAUGAAAUCAGAGAAGACCAAAAGGAAUGUGAUAAAAAUACAACAACCACUUGGUAAUAACAAUGGAAGCUAUGCGGUUCCAAAAUCAUUUGUAUCUUCAUCAAAGGUUGUAGCACUUGCAACACUUUCUACCUUUGCACUAGGUUAUGCCCUUAAUCGUAAGUUCGGGUUCACUAAGAAUAGUAUCUCUUCUGACGCCAAAUUUGCAACCACUUAAAACUUACCAUAUCUA